AUGGCAGUACAAGGUGUCGAGCAGACGAUCCUUCGGGACCCGGCUCUCUUCUAUUGGAUCUUGUUCCCAAUCUCGGUGGUCAUGAUCUUGACCGGAAUUCUGCGCCACUAUGCCACCAUUCUCAUGAACACGCCUCCUAAACCUCCCUCCAGCCUCGCUGAGUCGCGCGAGCGCCACGCCCUCCUCCGCGGCGUAAAUUUGCGUAAUCAUGCGACCUCCGUUCUGGGCCGUGAGGCUUUUGAGUCGCGCAAGAACUACCUGGUCUCGGGCUUCCGAAGCGGCGCGUUCCUCAAGGACCCUAAUAACCGUGGUCAGCCGCCAGCGAACCCAAUGACGGAUCCCGCCGGCAUGGAAGCGAUGAUGGGUAUGCUGAAGGGAAAUAUGAUGAUGAUGAUUCCACAGACACUUAUUAUGAGCUGGAUCAAUGCUUUCUUCUCCGGAUUUGUGAUAUUAAAACUGCCCUUUCCAUUGACUAUUCGUUUCAAGUCGAUGCUUCAGUCAGGUGUUAUGACUCGCGAUCUGGAUGUACGAUGGGUUUCGAGUCUGUCAUGGUACUUCCUCAACCUGCUUGGUCUGCAGUCUGUCUUUGGAUUCAUUCUUGGCAGUGACAACGUAGCUGCCAACCAAAUGUCCCAGCAGAUGGGAAUGGCUAACCCUGCCGCUAUGAUGAACCCCAUGCAGCCCGGACAAGACCCCGACAAGCUGUUCUUGAGCGAGGCAGAGAACCUGGAAGUCAUGGAGCACUUUUGCAUUCUUGAUGGCGUUGAAGAAAGAGUCCUGCGGAAUUUUGCUCCGCAGAUCAAUUAG